GCACUGGUUGGCAUUGUCUACAUAGACUGUCAGUGUUACCUCAGUUGGUCGUCAGAGAGGACUGAUCCGCAGCAACGCUUCGUUUGGCAUAUAUUUUUUUUUACUAAAUAGCCCAACAGCAUACUUGUCAGUCGUGUUCACUGCCACAUUCGUGUACGAUUAUACGAUAUCUUAACGAUUGGCCUUUCUUCUUAACCCUUUCAUGCAUAGAGCAAUCAAACCGGGGACGUGAGAGAGAGACGUGAAGGCAGUGCAUUCGUCCAGGAAUCGAUAGACAAUCUAUUUUCCCCCGACGGAUGGACUUGAAUAGGAGACAGAGACUGAGACGGACUCUGGCAGCGUAAACCGUGGACAUUUUCUUACGGCUCCCCGGUGAAACGGUGGGGUGUCGGAGGCAAGAAGAACAGGCUUGAAAAUAUACAUAUCCUCCUGCUUACUGAGCAGCAACAAUGCCGGGGUUUGAUUACAAGUUUCUGGAGAAACCCAAGAGACGGUUCCAGUGUCCACUAUGUAGCAAGGCGAUGCGAGAACCCGUUCAGGUUUCUACGUGCGGACACAGAUUUUGUGACACCUGUCUUCAAGAAUUCUUAAGUGAGGGUGUCUUCAAGUGCCCCGAGGACCAACUACCCCUUGACUAUGCCAAGAUCUAUCCCGACCCUGAGCUGGAGCAGCAGAUCCUGCUUCUGCCCAUCCGCUGCAUCCACAGUGAGGAAGGCUGCCGCUGGAGUGGGCCCAUGAAACAGCUGCAGGCCCACUUCUCCACCUGCGCCUUUAACGUGAUCCCCUGCCCAAAUCGCUGCGCCAUCAAGCUGACGCGCCGCGACCUGCCUGAGCACCUGCAGCACGACUGCCCCAAGCGGAAGGUCAAGUGCGAGUUCUGUGGCAGCGAGUUCACUGGCGAGGCCUAUGAGAACCACACGGGCAUCUGUCCCCAGGAGAGUGUGUACUGUGAGAAUAAGUGUGGCGCCCGUAUGAUGCGCAGGCUGCUACCCCAGCACAGCAUGGCCGAGUGCCCCAAACGCACGCAGCCCUGCAAGUACUGCGGAAAGGAGUUUGUCUUCGACACCAUCCAGAACCACCAGUAUCACUGCCCCCGCUUCCCAGUGCAGUGCCCCAACCAGUGUGGCACGCCCAACAUCGCCCGUGAGGACCUAGCCAACCACGUGAAGGAGAGCUGCGGCAGCGCCCUGGUCCUCUGCCCCUUCAAGGACGCCGGCUGCAAGCACCGGUGUCCCAAGAUGGCGAUCAGCCGUCACCUGGAGGAGACCACCAAGUCGCACCUGACCAUGAUGUGCAACCUUGUGGUGCGCCAGCGCCAGGAGCUGCUGGAGCUGCGGCGGGAGGUGGAGGAGCUCUCCAUCAGCCAUGACGGCGUGCUCAUCUGGAAGCUGGCCGACUACUCACGCAAGCUCCAGGAGGCCAAGCUGCGCAACAACCACGAGUUCUUCAGCCCGGCCUUCUACACACACCGCUACGGCUACAAGCUGCAGGUGUCGGCCUUCCUCAACGGCAACGGCAGCGGCGAGGGCACCCACCUGUCCAUCUACAUCCGCGUGCUCCCCGGCGAGUACGAUAACCUGCUGGAGUGGCCCUUCUCCUACAAGGUCACCUUCUCCAUCAUGGACCAGAGUGACCCAUCGCUCUCCAAGCCGCAGCACAUCACUGAGACCUUCAACCCAGACCCCAACUGGAAGAACUUCCAGAAGCCCAGCGGGGCCACUGGGGGUGGAGGGGGCGGCAGUCGCGACUCCAUGGAUGAAAGCAUGCUGGGAUUCGGCUACCCCAAGUUUAUCUCGCACGAGGAGAUAAAGAAGCGCAACUACGUCCGCGACAAUGCCAUCUUCCUCAAAGCCUCCAUAGAGAUCCCGCAGAAGAUCAUGACCUGAGCUGUACUUGUUAGGGGGCCACAAAGAAGAACCAGACAAUUUGUCAAGUGAAGUCACAAAAGAGUCAUAUGGACAAGACUGUUUGUUUUAUUUUCUUUCUGUUAUUUCCAGUGGUGAAGUCUGGACUAGAUGUGCUAAAAUGCAUAUACUGUUUUAUAGACAGAGCACUACCUUCCCCACUCAGAAGCACUCCUGAAGGACUCGGAGGUCAUCUGUGUUGGUUGCGACCAGUUGGAGAAGCUAGUGAUUUUUCAAAAAAUGUAGGAGAUUCGAAGUGGUUGGUCCGCAGAACCAUCACUCUGAAACAUUUUGUUUUAAAAUCGUUAUCCUAAUUUGGAUUUCUUUUUGACACUUUUUUUUUUUCUUUUCAAUCUGCAUCAAAGCCUUGGGAAAAAAAUCAAUAGUGCCUAGAGAGAGUUUUUAUGUUGUUUUUAUUGUCUCUGUGAUGCAGAUAUGAAAAAAAGAACAAAUAAACAAACACGAGGCGAAGUGUGGCAAGGAGACCAGGAAGGUCUUUGCACUUAAGCGGAAUGUUUGUUAACGCAUCUUGUCGAAGCUUUGUGGUUUGACUGAGACGGUCCUAAAGCUUGUGAAGAAAAAGGCUCGAAGAUGUUAGGAAUUCAACAGGGACACUCAAAACACACUUGCCUUUUUUAUUUACACACUCCUCUCUCACCCUCGUGCUCAGUGCCGCAGUUCACGACCUUGUGUUUUCUUUUUCCCCUGUUCGAACAUUUUAAGUGAACUAACAGCAACUGUGAAGUAAAUAACUUUCUUUGUCUAUCCAUGUCCCAUCACUCUAGCAAGAUGACGGAAAGUUCUAGAAAGCCAAACUAAUGCCACUCUGUUGUCUUUGUCUAAUGACAGAUUGAACUCCACGUAGACUCGUAGGACCAUAUAUAAUUACUGUUCUUUCGCACCACAAUUGCAUUUUGAAAUCUGUAGCACUUGAUCAGAAUCUAGGCACACACUUGCUUAUCGUUUUGAUUAGACACGUCACCGGUUGACCCCAUGUUUGAGGCCGUUUGAAUUACAGCUGUUCAUGUGGGCCUUAAUUGAAGAGAAGAAAAGAAACCUCCGUUGGCCUAUACGGAGUUUCCUGGGCUUUGAUGGCCAAAGGUGCUAAUGUAGUCAUAGUCAUACAGUGUGGGGGGAGUCUGAACACACUCACACACACACACACACACACACACACACACACACACUCACUCUCAUCGCCCUGUGUAAAGUAGGACCUACACACGUGAGUGCAGAGAUAAAACAAAGCCAUUGCGGCAGAGUUUGUUUACAUAUUGGGAGAGAAUUCCAGAGGGUCACUCUUGGCCCAUGUUUGAUUAGCCAACCCAUGUUGUCCUUGACUGUCGACCAUAAACGUUUCAUAUAGUAACGUGUACUUGGAACUCUUGAAACCCCCUUCUGACAGUGGAAGGCAGUGAAUGGUGGUGUUGCUGAGGGCUUUUUUUGUCUCUUUCUUUGUCUUUGGAGUGGACAACCUGUCAACCAAUGGAACCAAAUUUGUUUUUUUUUCUACAUGUAAAACUGUGAGCAGUGAAUUUGAGCUUUAUUUCAGGCUCAAUGUGUUUGUUUGUUCUGUUUUCUUUUGUUUGUUUAUGUGUUUGUUUGUUUGUUUGUUUGUUUGUUUUCAUCUGGCUGGUCUUUGCUGGUAUGUUGAAAAGGUGGCCCUCCACUCCAUGGACUGGUGGGACUUACGCAGUGAGGUGCUGGUAACCAUGGUCACCACUAAAGCAGAGGACUUUAAAGGAUUCUAGAAAAGGAGUGGGGGGAGGGAGCCUGACGAAAGAUAGCUGUCUGUGUCGCCCAAUCAGAUUACAGAUGGACUGGUGGCAGAGUUUUGUUAAUAGAUAUUAUAAAUAAUUAUAUAAUAUAUGUGAAUACUAACAGUUUGGGGGCAGGGGGAGGGGUGGUGUUUAAGAGGAGAGACAAGGCAGAAGCACAUGAGGUGUUUUUUUUUUUUUUUUACUU